AUGGACGACUUUCUUCAGCCACCUCCGAAUAGCGACAUCCAGAAUCCGAUGAAUUUCCCGGGCGGCAUCUACCCGGGCUAUCCCUCGGAGUUUGGCUUCAACCCGAUGUCAGAUGACAAGUCUGGAAACAACAAUCAGGCCGUGAAAAUGCUGGAAGUCGCGCCACCCCCGCCAGUCGUCAUUUGCCCCACUGAGGUUGACCACAUCAACAUCACGCUCGAGAAGAACCAGCAGUGCGCGUGUAAGGACUGCGGGAAGCUGUUCAACUCCGUUUGGUACCUCAAGCAGCACGCCGUCAAGCACUCCAACGACCGCCCGUUCAAGUGCAAAUUCUGCUUCAAGACGUACAAGUUCCGGUCCAAUCUCUACCAGCACAAAUGUCCGGACAGGCAGAAGAGCGGCCAGACUGGUCGUCGGAUGAUCCGCGGAAACGGGCUUCUAUCCCCAAAUACCAAACGUCAGGAGACGAAUCAGUUGAUCAAGUCGAGAAUCGAGGCCAAUAUCGCUGGAGAUGAGCCGACAAUGCCACAACCCGGAAUCUCUGCCCCCAUCCCCGAGCAGCCAGAGCAGCCGAACAACACCGAAAAUGAGAACUACCCGAUUGGGCUGAAUAUCAGAAUUGAAGCAGCAGACAUGUGGCAGCCUCCCACCGCCCCACAGAUCCAGAUCGAAAUGCCGCCAGAGCCACCCCGUGAUUGUAUCCGCGAGCAGCAACUACCCCAGGACGAGAUCGAGCAGUACAUCGCGAAUAAUAAG